GGCAGGUCGGGGCCGGGCGGCGGCAGCGCCGCGGGCUGAGGGGCGAGCGGGCGGGACCGUCCCGUACCCUCAGGCCGCUCCCUUGCUCUGGUCGCUGCUUCCCUCCCCUCAGCGUAGCCAGAAGCGCCGCUUUCCGUAAACAGGUGCCUGUGUUGGAUCAGCAGAGACUUCAGACGUGAAGGACUUGUGGUAAACGUGAAUACGGGCAGCUGUGGCGGUGUCCGCCCUCACUGCUUCCUCAGCUGAGGUGAAGAUGGCUGCAGAGGAGAAGUGGAAAGGCAGGGCUUCCAAACAGCAGGAGGAGGCUGAGGAAGGUGGGGAGAGGGAGCCGGGUGUGCUCCUGGGCCGGCAGCUGCCUGAAGACGGGAGGUUUGCGUACGCGGCGCUCUGUGGGAUAUCCCUGGCCUGGCUGUUCCCUGAAAACGAGCAAAGCUCCUUCAGGACAGAAUUCAUCAAGGGCUUUGUGAAGUGGCUGGACCUGCCUGAUGCUGUCUUACCUGCCAUGACAGCCUUUGCUGAUGGCUUAGGAGGUGAGGGCACAGAAACUUUCACUGAAAUUUUGCUGAAGGAUCCCAUCUUGAAAGAAAAUCCACUUCUCAUUACCCAGGACCUUUUAUCGUUCUCUCUUCAAGAUGGAUCCUAUGAUGCUCGAGCCAGGGUGUUGAUCUGCCGUGUCAGCUGGCUGCUGAGAAUUCCCUUGGAGGAUCUGGAAGUCCUGGAGGAAUCUCUGCUUGAGAGCCUGAAGGAACAAAAAGAGGAAGAGUCAGAAACUGCAGAAGUCUCAAGAAAAAAGAAGGAAAGAAGGAAAAAGCUGAAGAGAUACCUUCUGAUUGGUCUGGCAACUGUUGGGGGUGGAACAGUGAUUGGUCUGACAGGAGGCCUGGCUGCCCCUCUGGUUGCUGCAGGAGCUGCCACGAUCAUCGGGAGUGCUGGAGCAGCUGCUUUAGGAUCCACUGCUGGGAUUGCUAUCAUGGCAUCCCUUUUUGGAGCAGCAGGAGCUGGUCUUACUGGAUACAAAAUGAAGAAACGUGUGGGAGCCAUAGAAGAGUUUGAAUUCCUCCCACUUACGGAAGGGAAGCAGCUCCACAUCACCAUAGCAAUCACUGGAUGGCUGUGCACUGGCAAAUAUGGGAGCUUCACAGCCCCGUGGAGCAGCAUGUUGCACUCGAGUGAGCAGUACUGCCUGGCCUGGGAAUCCAAGUACUUGAUGGAGCUUGGCAACACCUUGGAUUCCCUGCUGAAUGGCUUUGUGAACAUGAUGGCUCAAGAAGCCCUAAAAUUCACUGUCUUGUCAGGGAUUGUGACAGCCUUGACUUGGCCAGCAUCACUCCUGACUGUUGCCAGUGUCAUUGACAACCCCUGGGGAGUGUGUCUGCAUCGCUCUGCUGAAGUGGGCAAACACCUUGCACACAUCCUGCUCAGCAGACAGCAGGGCCAGAGACCUGUCACACUGAUUGGCUUCAGCCUGGGUGCCAGAGUAAUUUACUUCUGCCUGCAGGAAAUGGCUCAGGAAAAAGACUCACAAGGGAUCAUUGAAGAUGUUGUCUUACUGGGAGCUCCAGUGGAAGGAGAAGCCAAGCACUGGAGAGCUCUCACCAGGGUGGUGUCAGGCAGGAUCAUAAAUGGCUUCUGCAGGGGGGACUGGCUGCUGAGCUUUGUUUACAGAACCUCUUCUGUCCAGCUCAACGUUGCAGGCCUCCAGCCAAUCGACCUGGAUGACAGGAGGAUGGUGAACAUGGACCUUUCCUCUGUGGUGUUCUCCUCCCAUCUCCAGCACCACCUGCCCAGCAGAGGAAUUCAGGCUUUCAGACUGAAGAUGGAAACAGGCUUUAGUGAGCUGGAAUUGCUGGGGUUUCCUGUAAGGAUGGCUUUAAAGGGGCAAGGCAGUUUGUUUGCUGUUCUUUUGCUGGUGGCUCAGUGCAGCAAAGAAGAGUCCUCCCUCCUCUUCCACUUCUCAGGGGUUGCUGUGGACCAGCUUUAUGGAAUCCUCUCCUCUGCUAUCCUAGACACAGGAAUGAGUCUCCUUGGAAGAUAUUGAACAGACCUGCAAGAGGGGCAGACUCUCACGAGGUCUCAGCUUUUCUUUCAGCUGCAUGAGCUCCUCAGACUGGCUCAUACCCAGCAUCUCUCAGGGAUCAUGGUGCUCAGGGAAGAGGAAUUCCCUGUUGUUUUAGUGGAAGCUGCUGGAUACUGAGGAGUAAUGAGAAUCAGUCCUUAGAGUGGCAGAGGAAAUUUGUUCUCUCUGACUAAUGACUCAGUAACAGAAGGCUGAUCAUUCCCAAGGCAGGGCAGGCAGAUGGUGUGAGGGGAGAGGUUCUGAAUGCAGCAAACCAAGAGCCUUCAGCCCCUGCUCCCAGUAACUCCAAUUCCUUCCUGUCUCUGCCCACUUUGCCCAAGGCUGUGCUCAUUCCUUCUUCUACAGCCCCCCUGAGUGAGAAGUAAAAGGGUUGUACUUUUCCAGGGGACAAUGUCCACAGCUCCCAGCCCUUCCAUGGUUAAUUAUUUUAAUUAACUAAUCUGUUCAAAACAUCCAGAGCCCAUUGAGCCAUCUGGACAGAUUCAAGUCACAUCUUUGUAUUCCUGAUGUGCUGAUUAAAUCCUUCAGUUUGCUCCAAGCCCUCAGUGCAGCCAAAUGUGCCCCUCCAAAGCUGCUUCACACAAACAGCUCAGGGGGUUGGAUUUCUGGGAUAAAGGUUGUCUUUAGCUUUGGGAGAGGUGUGCUGGGAACCCUGGUACUGGCACAGCACUGAAUCCCACAGUGGUUUGUGUUGGGAGGGACCUUAAAUCCCAUCCCACCCUCUGCCAUGGGCAGAGAUACCUUCCACUAGCCCAGGUUGCUCCAAGCCCUGUCCAGCCUGGCCUUGGACACUGCCAGGGAUGGGGCAGCUGAAGGAUUGCUCUGGCACCAGGCAGGAGCAAGCAGGAGAUGAGCAGACGGCCCAGGGCUGGGGUCUUUACAGAGCUCUGUGAAAAGCUCUUACCAUCAUCAUCCCUUCCUGGGGGUGUCAUCCCUGUGUCUGAGAAGCAGGAAUCCUGGGACCGAGGUUAUGGGUAUUCCCUGCCAUGAAAAUUCCCUAAUUACCAGCAAGGUUUGGGAACAUAAAAGGCCAAGACAGCUCUCUGGCUGGGUCAGGAAGGUUUAAACUGCCAAAAGUUGGAUUUAUCAGAGAGACUGAAGUAUCUGGGGAUGCUGUUGGUACAUCAAGCACGUGGGACACCUGGAAUGGGGAAGGAAUUUCAGCCUCUCCAGCCACAUGGCCUUUAGCAUCAAGAACAAGCACGUGCAGAGAUUUCCUCUCCUUCUGUGCCCUGACUGGAAGGAAACUUUCCAACAUCCAUCUCAGAAGGGGUUAUCUUGUAGUGGAAUUCAUUUUACAAUAAAACUGUCUGGGUUUUCACACAUACUGUUGACCUUUAAUUGGUAUAUGAACCCAUAACUCCUGGGCUCCCAGUUUUAUACAGGGCAGGAUGGAUCAGUGCAGCUUCCAGCUGAGAAUCUC